ACAUUUGGUUCAUUUAGAUUCAAUUUAUCAUGCAAGAGGUUUGUUUAAUCUUUUAAUACAGAAUAUUUUUUAUCUUAAUUAGCUGAUUACAUUGGAUUUAACCAUAAUAAGACUUUGAUUUCAAGUUAAACUCUUUAUUGUUUUGUUUAUGGCUGGAUAUUUUGUCUGCGCAGAUCUCUUGGAUUCAACUGUUUUGAAAUGAGCCAUGUUAACGUAAUGGUUUUUUGUUUAUUUUUGUUACUUUUUUGAUAACAUUGUUUAUUGGAUUAAUUAAUUAACCACUGAUUGAUUAGGAUCAGAUGUUUAACCAUUUUUUUCUCGGAUGAUGUAUAAGUUAGCCUUUAUAUUUGUGAUAUUUAUUGUUAUUAUACUUGACAAUAAAGCUGAUUGUUAUUCUGGUGGCAUUAAAUUAAAAGACGUUGAUAACCUAAUAUUUAAAGCCAAUCAAUACACCAACAGCCGAAGAGGAGAUUCGGAGCCACAGUUAAAGUGUACUGGUGGGCCUAACAAGUGUAAAUACCAACCAAAAUUUGUUAAAUGUCAUAAUGUUGGUAUUCGUGGAUCCAAUGAGGGCUACAAAAAUAUUCAAUGGCGAUGCGAAGCUGAUCUUAUGGAUGGUUAUUCAUUUGACAAGAUAAGAGUCAAUUGUGAACCUUUUGAACAUCCAAAUGAUGUUUAUGUUGUUAAAGGCUCUUGUAGCCUUGAAUAUGCCUUAGAUUACGAUGAAAAGGAUAAAGACAAAGAUGACGAAAAGGACGACGAAAGAGAAGAUAAAAAAUAUGAUCGUUCCAGAAAACGUAAAGAUAUUGGCAAUUGGCUUAUUUGGGCUGUUACAAAGAUUCCAAAAAAAUCAGCUGAAUUAUUUUUCAGAAACAUCUUUACGUUUGUUAUUUUCUCAGCUAUAGUCUAUCUAUUUUUCUUUGGCUGGCCUACCUUUCCAAAUAGAAGACGAAGAUCAAUACCACCAUGGGAUCCUGAUAAUGAAAGUGAUAUCUCUUAUAAUCGACCCAGGUUUAACAGACAAGAACGUGAAGAAAGUAUCUGGGCCACUAUUUUAAAAGUGAUUUUAGAGUUUGCUUUUGAAAAACUCUUGAAAGCCUUCAUUAGAUGAUUACUGACUUAAUAUUGGCUCACCAAAAGUGAAAUAUCUACUGAUUAAGCUUAAAGAUAUAAUUAAUUUUUUGACUUGCUAGGGCAUUUAAUACCCACUUCAUUUUUUAUCCAGAAAACUCAUGGCAUAACGACUUCUGCUAUCUGCAACUAUGUAAACACUCAAAUCUCAACUGAAUCUGGUCAAAAAUUGAGCCCUAACCAAAGAGUAAUUUUUUGUUAGCUGUUAAAAUGCUCGAUUGUGUACUAUAAUUGUUAAUGUUUAACUUAAUCUCACCCUAAUUUUACAACCUCCUGGACUACGAAGGUGUAUAUUUAUCUUGAACUGACUUACGAAUCAAAUUAUUAAACUCUUAAUUUGAAGACUAUA